AUGGGUGCAUCCUCUCACGCUCCAGACGUUUUCUGGUUUUUGACAGCGACAAGCCCCUACAUGUGGGCCAUAACCGGCAUAGUAUCUUCUGUGGCAGUGUCUAUAACUGGAGCGGCAUUGGGCAUUUAUACGACUGGAACCAGCAUCGUUGGUGGCAGUGUGAAGGCUCCGCGCAUCCAGACGAGGAAUCUCAUCUCGAUCAUUUUUUGUGAAGCAGUUGCUAUUUAUGGCAUCAUCACAGCUAUAAUUCUCAGUGGCGCAAUGAAGGAAUUCCAACUGGAUGAAGCAGAAAGUAAUCCAGCAUUUAAAGAGAGAAACUGGUUUUCUGGUUAUUUGAUUUUCGGUUCUGGGCUCAGCGUGGGGCUGGUGAAUUUGUUUUCCGGUUUGUCCGUUGGGAUUGUUGGAUCAGGAGCAGCAUUAGCAGACGCCGCCUUUCCAAUAGUAUUCGUCAGAAUGCUUAUUAUUGAGAUAUUUGCGAGUGCAAUUGGAUUGUUUGGUCUGAUUGUUGGAGUUUACUUAACUUCUAAAAUACAUAUGGGUGACUAA